ACAGUUAUGUCAGAGAAAUCCUCAAGUGUUCCUGCCGGACCAAAAAUGGAAGAUUCCGUCCGAUCUGCCAUGUUGGACAAGUUGCUUGGCAGUGGAAGCUAUGAAUCAUUUGACAUGCGCUGCAUGGUUACCGGCCAGUUCGCCGUUGGAAAAUCAAGUCUGGUCAAGCUUUUAGUUGGGGAUAAUGUUCCAGAAGGGAGACAACCCACCGAUGGCAUUUCGCUCAUAGAAGGUCGCUGUGGCCUUGAUAUUGAGACCAGAAGUUGGAUCAUGAUUGAUCCAGCAACUUAUAAUGCCUUGGAUGUUGUUUACAAUAAAGUGUUAAUGACCUCCGAAGAAGAUGAAAGUAAACAAACAAAAACACCAGAAAAACCUGAAUCGGAUGAAAAACCUGUUGAUAGUCCAAAUAAAGAAGAUACUCAUUCUCAGAAGUCUGAAGCCACCAGGUCAACAGAUUUCCCUGUGAACCUCUCAGAUGAACCCACUACACAGCCACAAGCAGCCCAAUCUUUGUCACUACAGAUGUCCCCCAGUGAGUCUAAAAGACAGCAAAUGAAGAAGAAAAUGACGACCAAAAUGACCAAAAAGGAAAUAAGAAAGAGAAUGGAGAAAGUCCUCAAAAGUGGGAAAUAUAAAAUGAAAGUUGGCCGACUCAUCUUCUGGGACUUUGGUGGACAGUAUGUCUAUUAUACAACACACCAGACAUUCAUGACAUUCAGGGCUUUGUUUCUAGUAGUUUUUGACGGAAGUAAAAGAUUGAAUGAAGAAGUCCUUGAUGUACUGUGUUUUCCAGGGCAGCACAUGACACCAACCCCAGCAGUCUUCUUACUGCACUGGGUAAACUCAAUCCUAACAUAUUGUAAAGUGGUGUUUGCUGGCAUCCCUAAGAUCUUGUUUGUUGCCACACAUAAGGACAAGAUACCACUGGAGGAUGUAGAAACCAGACGUGCACUAUUGUACAGCGAAGUAGAGGAAUUAUUCAGGGACCAUGAAGGAAGAAAUCAUCUUGUCCUUGACAAACAAAUAUUUGUCAAUGCAACUGAUAAAGCUGAUCAAGAAAUUGAAUCCCUGAAAAAAGCCAUCACAGAGCUUACUUUUGACCAUCCAUGUUGGGGGGAGAGGAUGCCAAACGCUUGGGUCCCCCUUGAACUGGAGAUAGCUGAGUUGGUUGCUGUGGGAAAACAAAUCCUGUCAUUGGAUGAAGUUGAAGAGUUAAAUGAAAUCGGCACAGUAUCAGUUCUGAAUUUAGAACAACUUCAUGACUUCCUUAAUUUCCAGCACUCGCUAGGGAAAAUCGUCUACUUUGAUACCCAGCAGCUCAGAGAGUAUGUCAUAAUCAACCCCCUUCUCAUGGUUGAGGUUAUGAGGUCCUUUGUGACAGACAAAUUAUUUUGGCCAAAGAUGAGAAAAAUGCAGGAAAUUUUCAGGAGAAUGUCAGACAGUGGGAUGAUAUGCAGAGAAGACAUGUACAGGAUUUGGGACCAAAAGGACUUCCGGGAAAUUCUACCAUACAAAGAGUUUAUAUUCAACAUCCUCAUCCAUUUAGACAUCCUGGCAGAGCAACGUAGAUAUGAUACAGCUACAGGAAGUCGGAUACCAGUAGAUAACUUCUUUGUUCCCUGUAUGGUCAAAGAACGAAAUACCACCUGCUUCAUGGACAAAGAAUGUACACCAGAGAGAGCGAUAUGUUUAGCAUUUGUUUUUAAAGGGACUGUCAUACCACCAGCUUUGCCCAAUCGUCUGAUCAGUGCAUGUCUGAGCAUGUGGACUUUGAAGCAGUAUGAAGGGAGAAAACUCCUCUUUUCAGGAUUCAUUGUAGUAUCAUUUGACAAGGCACAUGAUAUUGUAGUAUGCGUUGAAGGCAACCAGAUUCUGCUUUAUAUAGUCCAUAAAACCUCUGCUGGACUUAUUGUACCAGAUAUAGCCACGGGAGUUAAGGAAUGCUUGGUUCUAACAAUGGAGAGAAUUUCAGAUUUCUAUCAGUCCACAAUCAAUGUCAAACGCAGUCCACAAUUACCUUUCCAUCUAUUCAUGUGCCAAGUUGAAAUGCUUCAUCAGUGA